UGGAUCGGUUCAGUCUUGCCGCGCUUUCGCCAUGAGUCGCGUCCCCAUCCUGCUGGCCGUGCUUUUGACCAUUUCCGCCGUUACCCAGGCGGCGGUGGUGCGCACCUUCCCGCCCCUCGAGCAGCUCGGGCAGCUCCUGGAGAAUCCCAAUGCCCGUGCGGUGGUUCCGUUCGCCGAUGAGGAUAACUAUCGCCUGCCCAACGACACAAUCCCCAGCCACUAUGCCGUCAGCCUGACCACUAACGUCCACACAGGCGAGACCAAGUUCACUGGCACCGUGGCCAUCACUCUGUCGGUGUUGACCACCACCUCUACUAUUGUGGUGCAUGCCCGCCAGCUGGAGAACUUCACCGCUAGCAUCAUCCAGCAGGGUGUGACUGGAGCCACUGCCCAGGACUUGACCUGGUCGUAUGAGGAGGAGCGCGAGUUCCUUACCUUCAGCAAGACGGAUCUUAGCUUUGCCGAGGGCACCACCUGGGUUUUGACCAUUUACUACGAGGGCAACCUGCGCACUGACAACGGCGGUUUCUAUCUGUCCACUUUCACUGACGAUAGUGGCGCCACCAAGUACCUGGCCACCACCCAGUUCGAGAGCACUGACGCCCGUCACGCCUUCCCCUGCUACGACGAGCCCUCCAAGCGGGCCGAGUUCACCAUUACGAUCAAGCACGAUCCCAGCUACAAUGCCAUCAGUAACAUGCCCGUAGAUGAAACUGCCUCCAGCUCCGGCGUCACCGUCUUCCAGAAGACCGUAAACAUGCCCUCUUACCUGGUGGCCUUCAUCGUCUCCGAGUUCGUCUUCACUGAGGGUGAGCUCAAUGGCCUGCCGCAGCGCGUCUUCUCGCGCAAGGGAACCGAGGGCGACCAGGAGUGGGCUCUGACCACUGGCAUGCUGGUGGAGAAGCGUCUAUCCGAAUACUUUGAUGUGCCCUUCGCCCUGCCUAAGCUGGACCAGGCUGGCAUUCCUGAUUUUGCCGCCGGCGCCAUGGAGAACUGGGGUCUGGCCACCUACCGAGAGGAGUAUCUGCUGUACAACCCGGAGAACUCGACGAUCAAUACUCAGACGAACAUUGCCACCAUUGAGUCGCAUGAGGAUGCGCACAUGUGGUUUGGCGAUCUGGUGGCCAUCGAGUGGUGGAGUUUCCUGUGGCUGAAGGAGGGCUUUGCCACCCUCUUCGAGAAUCUGGCUGUGGAUCUGGCCUAUCCCGAGUGGGACAUCUUCCAGACCUUCCAUGCCGGCUCCUACCAGAGUGCUCUGGUCAACGAUGCCAGCCCCUCUGCCCGUCCCAUGAGCCACUUUGUCCAGAAGCCCUCGGAGAUUUCUUUGCUGUACGACUCGGUCUCGUAUGCCAAGGCCGGAUCCGUUCUGGACAUGUGGCGCCAUGCCCUCACCAACAAGGUGUUCCAGCGUGGUCUGCACAACUACCUGGUGGACAACCAAUACACUGCCGCCAAUCCCACCAAGCUCUUCGAGGGCAUCGCCAAGGCUGCUGUCGAGGAGAACUACGCCGUGCCCGCUACUGUGGACGAGAUGAUGAGCAGCUGGACCAACCAGGGUGGAGUGCCGCUGUUGACCGUUACCAGGGACUACGAGGCGGGUACCUUCACCGUCAAUCAGUCGGUGUACACCAACGACAAGGACUACACCAACGACAAGCUGUGGUACAUUCCCAUCAACUAUGCCGACUUCUCGAACAAUGAUUUCCGGAACACUGAGGCCACUCACUACCUGCUAAACACCACCGAGUUGGUCGUCGACGCCAAGCUGGAUAAUGAGAACUGGCUGGUGCUGAACAAGAAGUCUGUCUUCUAUUACCGCAUCAACUACGAUGCCCGCAACUGGCAGUUGAUCACCAACACCCUGACCACUCGUCCGCACACCAUUGAUCCCCGUAACCGUGCCCAGUUCAUCAACGAUCUGUAUCGCUUUGCCACCAGCGGUCGUGUGGAGCAUGCUACGCUGCUCCAGCUGCUGACCUACCUUCCCCUUGAGGAUAAGUACUCGCCUUGGUCCGCCGCCAACACGGUGAUCACCCUGUUCAACCGGUAUCUGAGUACGGAUGAGGCCUACGGACACUUCCAGUACUAUGUGGCCAUGCUGGUCGGAGAUCAGUUCGACAAGUUUGGCGUGAACGAUCUGCAUGGUGAGCACCAUCUGGUGAAGUUCACCCGCAAUGUGGUGAUCAACAUCGCCUGUCUGGUUGGUGUCCCAAGCUGUCUGACCGAGACCAAGGCCAAGCUGACGGCACUGGUGGAGCAGGGCAUCGCCAUCGAGCCCAAUCUGCAGUCUCAGGUUUAUUGCAACGGUCUCCGACAGGCCGACUCCAAGAUCUUCGACUUUGUCUACGACAAGCUGAUGAACUCCAACGAUCAGGCCGAGCGCCGCCUGCUGAUCUCCGCCCUGGGCUGCUCCCAGGAUGCCACGCAGCUGGAGAAGUUCGUGUCCAGCAGCAUUGAUCAGACCAACAGCCUGCGUGUCCAGGAGCGUAUCACGCUGCUCAGCCCGGCCUACUCGCGCGGCGAGGUAGGUCUUCUGGCCUCCAUUGAGUUCCUGCAAGAUAACUGGGAGGCUUAUGCCCAGCUUAACACCGGCUUUGGCGGUGUGAAUCCCCUGUACAGCGACAUCGUGGGCAUCUCCGCCUACACAGUCAAUGCCAAGCAGCAGGAGGAGCUCCAGAAGCUGGUGGACACCGUGAAGGACUCGUCCUAUGUACCCACUACCCUGCAGGCUAGCGUGGAUGCCAAUGUGAAUGCCAACACCGCCUGGCUAACGGCCAACCGGGAUCCUGUGAUUACCUGGGUCGCCGGUUUCCGCAGCGGCAGCCCCGCCUUGGGAGCUUCCCUCUUGGCUGUGCUCCUGUGCCUCCUGGCCGCCAAGCUGGCAUAGUGUUUUUUAGACUCCUAAGUUAGAUUUAGUUCCUCGUAUUUGUGUGCCAAUAAAUUCCAAUAAUUCCCUAA